UUUAACAGUUUUUAGGGGUCCUGUUGCUUACAGAAGUGGAGUUUACUGUGGACUAUGUUCUCAUACAUGCUAUUUUAUGAUUAUUUCCAUAAUGUUAAUGCUCGAUGAUAUUAGUAUUUAACGUAGAUUAUAAUUAUAGUUUUUUUCCCUUCAUAGUUUCCCCUAUUAUGUACAUGUAUUCAUUUGAAGCCGACUUGUAUGUGUAUGAUAUGCAUGGGAGAUCUUUACAAGCCAAACAUCCGGGUCAUAUUUGAUAUUGUAUGCCUAGAUGAGCUGGAAAGCGUGAAGUCAAUACAUGUAUUUAUAAAAUAUAACCUGUGGUGCCCAGGCGCAAAUCCAAAGAGGUAGAACGACCCACCCACCCCUUGAGAUUUCAGAGAUGGCCUCACCCCGUAAAAGUUUAUAGAUCCGCGCAUGUCCCUCCUAUAUUACAACAUAGUAGCACUUACGACGUAAGCACAGGUCUGGAGCUUGUGUGGGCAGCAUAAUGUAAAGACUUGCAUUUCUACAGCUGCAAAGUUUCUGGUGAUGUUUAAAGGAUGUUAAAGGGGCAUUAUAUGUCAUUUUGUCACAAAAAUUAAAUUCAGGAAAAUUUGCCCCAUCAUACACAUUUCAGUAAUAACACCAGUAUUUAAUGAUUUCAAACACAUUUUUACCCCAAAGCAGGCACAUGAAUAUGUAAUAUUGGUGAUUAGAUAAUUAUUGUCUUGCAAGACUAUAAUUCUUCCUUAUGUAUUUCUUUACACUAAAAGCGGUUAUCUAACAGUUUUAUUCGAUUUCUCUUCUCGUUGUACAAUAUAAAUGUUUUUAUUAGUUAUCAAUAUAUAUUCCCAUGCCAUUGAGAUUGUGAACAAAAAUGGUUGCCAUCACUUUCUCAGGUAAGGUAAUGCCCCUUUAACAAUUCUAUUAAUUUUUUUCACUGUGUUAAUCGUGUAUUUCCUAUCCAGUUAUAAAGAUUAAAUGCAUGAGGUAUCUAUUCAACAUGGAGAGAAGAAAGGUCACGUUUGUUACCCAGAAGUGAGAAGUAAACUUUGAAACAUGUCUAAAUGUAUUUUUUUAAAAUGUUUAAGAAUACAUGUUUAAAUACGCAAGGGAAUUCAAAAUUAUUUAAAAUGGUUAACACGCUAGCAGAGUCAAGGAAAGUUCGUUAAUGAACUGUCAGUAUUUACUGUAGGACAGAACACCUCCAAUAUCGUGAUUGAGCUUCAUUUCUGCUAAUCUUCCGUGUUAAGAAAUAAAUACUGAACAAAGAGGUCAGACGUUUGUAGGGAGUAAACACAAACAAAUACUCUGCCCAUAAAAAUAUGACACGGUAUAUGAAUUUUGAAUAGAGAAGGAUAUUUCUAAUCAUUUAUAUUGUGGAAUUGAAAGUGUUAAACCUUGGAUCGGUCUUGUCCUCGCAUGGUGACUGGAAGGUCACAGACUCACAAAGCAUGUUCUGUUGGUAAGAAUAAGUUUGUGGACAAGGUGCUCGGUGAAGAUAAGUCAUGCUCUCAUUUAUGACGACCUUGCCAGUCACAAUUAUAUAAAGAAAUCAGUUCUACGGGUCUCAAAAGAAACAUGCUGUCAUUUGCCGUUUUCGCAGGCAUUGUUGCAAUCACUUAUGGCCAUCUCUGCCUCUUUAGUCCCCCACAAAGAGGUACCAUGGAUGGCAUCAACAAGCCUGGGGCAACGGACUGUCUCCUUCUGACCGGACCCUGUGGAGGACGAUCAAGGGGGUCAACUGCCACUAAGGUGACCGCUGGUCAGAAACUGAGGGUCACCUUUCAGAAAAAUCUGGACCACUGGGACCACACACCAGGAGAUUUCAAAAUCAAAAUUGGAGAUGAAUCUGGACAUUUGCAAACUUUGGCAACCAUCCGUGACCAUGGUGAAGCUUCACUGUACGUGUACUCACAGGAAGUAACGGUACCUACUGGACUUCCGGCACAAAGCGUAUUGCAGGUUACCUACGAAACGAAGAACACCAAUGCUCCCGCCGUCUUCUAUCAAUGUAGUGACAUUAUUGUGGAAUGAAUAAAAGUGUACUCUUAGCUUCCACUG